UUUAUCCGCUGGCGGCUUGAUGGGGUAAGUGGCAACGGAAGGGAUGCGCUGCUUUUUCAGACGCCGCCGGCUCCUCUACUCUUCGUCAUCCGCCGUCGCCGCCCUCCGCCCCUUCUCCAACUCGGCCUCUAAUCCUUCUGAUAGCGUCGGUCAGGUAGCCCUCUACUUCCGACGCGCCCGCCUCAUCGACGCCCUCCGCCUCCGCUUCCGGUCGCCCGACCCACCAACAGAUCUCCCCCAACCCCUCGACUCCUUCGUCGCCGUCCACGCUCUUCGCUCAAUCCCCUCGCCGGAUUCCGCCCUCUCCUUCUUCCGUUCGCUCCCCUCUCCCUCCACCCCGAUUCUCCACGCACUCGCCAAGCGCCUCGCCCUCGGCCGCCGCCUCGCGGACCUCCGGUCCCUCCUUGACGCCGCCGACGCCGGAUCCUUUCCCUCAUCUCUCCCCCCUUCUCCUCUCGACCGCCUCCGCUGGUUGGCGGCCGCUGCCGACCUCCCCGCCGUCCUCGACCUAUGGUCUUCCAUCCGCUCCUCCUCCUCCGAGCCCAACCGCCGCUUCAGCCGAGGAAGCCACCCAUGCACAGAGUCCUACAACCUCGUCAUGGGUCUCCAAGCCGACGCUGGGGAUCACUCUGCCGCAGUCGCUACCUUCUCCCAAAUGAUCCACGAUGGGGCCAACCCUAACUCCCGCACCUACAGCAUUAUCAUCCACCAUCUCGUCCGCUCGGGGAAUCUCGAGGAGGCAGCUGUCGUGUUCUACCUCCUGCCCUCGAUGAGGAUCCCUCACACGUCGAAGCAGUACGAGGUGCUGGCGGAGGCGUACGCAUCCGCCGGAUUGUUCGAUGAGUUUCAGCGGCUAGUAAAGGAGAUGAACUCCGACGGCAUCCUCCCGGGCCGAGCGAUGCGGGCCGCCAUCGCAAAGAUGAGCGCGGUGGGACCCAUCGAGGGCACGGAAGAGUUCGUCGAGGAAUUGUGCCCUAACGAACGAAUCGAGUACAUCGCCGUAUCCAGUGAGGAAGAAGACGAUUGCGAAGUGGAAGAUGAGCAUGAAGGCGAGCACGAUCGCAUCCGGUUGAAGCCAUGGAUGGAUCCGAUCGCUCUCGCAAGGGCGAUGGAAGACUGGACCCCCGACGACGUCGCUGAGUUGGAGGCAGCGAGGCUGGUCUGGACGCCGCGACUGGUCUGUAAGCUCCUCAGGUCCUUCAAGAAGCCCGAGACGGCGUGGGACUUCUUCUGCUGGGUAGCGUACCAACCGGGCGACUUCGUGCACGACCGUCGGACGGUUUCAAGGAUGGUCUCCAUCCUCGCUCGGCACGGCCACGUCGAGCUGGUUCGCCGUCUCCUCUCCAAGGUGAAGUCGGAGGGUAUCGCUCUCCCCUUCGCCACCGUCCGAUUACUCAUCGACUUCUACGGCCUAUCAAAGAAAGCCAACGCGGCAAUCGAGGUCUUCCGCGAGGCUCACUCGAUCUGCGGCGGCGCACCAUUGCCAGGGCCGCGGCGCUUGCUGCUCUGCUCGUCCCUGCUCCGCACCAUGGUCAAGUGUAGGCGAGGAUACGAUGCAUUGGACCUCAUGGAAGAGAUGAUGGCGGAGGGUGUCUUCCCCGACGUACAAACUUUCUCCGGCUUGAUACAGUACUUUGCCGGAGCCGGCGACCUGAGGAGCGUGCACAAGCUAUUCGGGAUGGUGAGGCAGUGCGGGCUCGAGCCAGACGCCCACAUGUACACGAUCCUGAUCCAGGCUUACUGCAAACAGGAGAGGGCAGCACUCGCAUUGACGCUAUUUAGGGAAAUGCGGUACUCAGGCAUCGCUCCCGACGGCGUUACCAAGGCUUUGCUCGUUAAGAGCUUGUGGAAAGAAGGUAAGCUUCGGGAAGCGGCCAUGGUGGAGGGGAUGUGCGACGAGUUCGAAAGGGGGCUGCCGGCGGCUUCUCCCGGCCAUGUGUGGACUGUGAGCGCGGCAGAUUUCAAGCGUGUUUAUGAUAUUUAUGCAGGUUGUUUUGCAGACAACGGUGGACAGGCAUGAAUCCAUGGUGUUUGUUGGAAUGCCUCAGUGAUUGCAUUCCAUUACUUCCAGUGAACAAUCCUCAUCAAGCUGAGCCAAGAUUUGAGGUGUUCACGUUUGUUUGAUAAGAUAACCAAACUAAGUCUUAAAAUGAACUAAACUUUUAAAAUGAGUGUUCAAGCUUGGCUUGAUUUAUUUUUUAUGAGUUUGAACUUAUUUGAA